ACUUUUAACGCCUUCCACUCUUGUUGCUCUCAGGAAGCGGGUAAAAGAUAGUCUAGCUGGAAGAGGACUGUGUCGCGAAGGCCUUUUCUUUAGAAAAUAAACUCUAUGUUUAACUGGAAACAGUGAACUUAUUUAUUUGCGGUCUUAGUCGUUCAAGUUCCUAUACCAAAUAUGCCAAGAGGCGGUAAAAAAGGUCACAAGGGCCGGGGAAAGCAGUUCAGCAACCCUGAAGAGAUUGAUAGACAGAUGAAAGCACAGAGAGAGCUGGAGGCGAAUGGUGGAGUAGAGAAGGAGGAGGAGAAGUCAUCAGGAUCUGACGACAGCAGCAGUGAAGAGGAGGACGUUAAUAAGAAGAAGAGUGGAGUGGAAGGAUUGAUUGAGAUUGAGAAUCCCAACCGUAUAUCCCAGAAAAGUAAGAAGGUGACCGAGCUUGAUGUCAACGCACCCAAAGAGCUGUCACGCCGAGAGAGGGAGGAGAUAGAGAAGCAGAAAGCUAAGGAACGCUACAUGAAGCUUCACCUAGAGGGGAAGACAGACCAGGCACGGGCCGACCUCGCCAGGCUGGCCAUCAUCAAGAAGCAGAGAGAGGACGCACAAAAGAAGAGGGACGGCCUCAAAAAAGAAAAAGAAGCUGAAGACUCCAAGUCCAAGCGUUAGGCCUGUCUCCCGAGGACUUGGCCUGGAAAACGAUCUGGGGAGGAUGGAGAGACAAGAAGACUGUAGGAGGGGAUCGAUAUGAGGGUUGUCAGCUCAGGGGUAAUAUGUGCUUGGGCUCCUGCCCUUCAUCUCCGAUGAGGGAAGGGUGUGAGCCGGGCGUUAUGGAGGAGACGGAAAAGGAGCACUUCAGGUUUGCCUGUUUAGUUCCUCCGUAUUCUGUGAGGUCACAGCGGCAGGCAUUCUAGUGUCUUCACUCCUCCCCUGUGUUCUAAUUCUAAAGCUGCUGGAGAUCAUUCUUUGAUUAUAUUUUUUGCAUUUUAACACUGUUUACUUAUGAAUGGGAAGUGUUGUGGGAGGAUGAGUAGGGGUUUGUAUACUUUCAUCUGACCUGUUAUUAAGGUGAAUCAGGUGGUGGUGUUAGGGACAGAGGAACAUGUUAUACAGGAAAUCUUUAUGUAUUCUUUAUUAUGUUCUGUUUCAUCUAUACCAGUUGUCUUCAUUCACAACCUGACAGUUGAAAGUCAUUUGCCUCCAAAGGAAACCUGUGGGAAAGAAGAGGUCCCAUAGGGAGAAGUGUCUCAGACAAAACAUGUAUAAAGGAAUGUCAGCCUUUAUGCAACUUCUAUUUAGGUGUUGGAGUUUUUACCCUUUAUUCUGUUGGUGUUUCUGCCCAGACAUGUUUAGCGCCUUUCAGCCGCCAGCUGGCUCUAAUUUCUGAUUGAACCACCUUGCAGCCUAAAGUCUUGUAGUCAAAAAGGAGCUCUGUUGGCAUAAAAAUUCGUUGUUAAUAUUUCCUAAUUACCUUGAAAAAGCAUUGCUGGGGCCUCAUACUGUAAGUCUCUUUUGCAGUGCUAUGUUUUCUCUUCUAUAAUUUGUUUGCCUUUGACAGUUUACACAGGGCAAUGUCAAUGGUCGUGUUCCCCUGCUCAGAAGUUGGAUGCAUCAACAAUGGUUGCGUGCAUCCUCAUCGACUGUGGUCAGGCAUCAGAUUGCUAUAACAUAAUGUGGUUAGCUGAUGGGUAAAAUACCUUUCUGGGCAUUGUAAGAUUUGGCAUGCAUAAGCAACGGCUGAGCAGAGGAACGAGCCCACUCUAUUAGUCAUAAGGAUGCUAUGCUAUAGUGUGAUGGUUGGAACCUGAGAUGCCUUUUAACAGGAAAGCAAUAUUCUAUGAAUGGAGGUGGCUGAAACUCAUUUCUCUCUUGAAAACAUACAGUAUACAAAGUGUUUUAAUGUUUAUAAGAAUGACUCUCCAGGAUUGGUCAAUUGUUUGAUUUGUCUGUAUUUGAGUUCAUUUGUUGUAUAGAAAUAAAUACAUUAAUAGAUAAAUUAAUAA